UCAGAAAUUAUUUGUUGCCAAAGAUUUUCAAAAGCUGAUUUGGUUAUUUUAAAUUGUGGCGCGUUGUCACUUAUUACGAAUUUUGGAAUUGUGCGUAAUGCUAUAAAAUUACGAAAAGCGAGUAGGAAUUCUUGAGUGGUCAUAUUCUCUAAAAGUUCUAAGUGAAUCGCACGCGUAAUCAUACAAACAAAAAUACUAACAAAUACUUUUUUCUGGACUGAGUUAUCACUGACGUAUAAAGGACCAAAUGUGUCGAUACCACAACAGGAAAACGGACUGCUUUGAUUUACACGAAAUUCAGGUAACGGAGGAAUUGCAGGAUAUUUAUAUGGACCACCAUCGUAGUAUUUGCAGUUAGCACAUUUUUUUAGAACGUAGUACACCGUCGAUCUGCCUUUUGGAAUCCAGAAAUUUUUUCUCAAUUCAGAGAGAGUAUGCGAAACGCCAACAUGAUAGUUAUCGAUAUGAAUUUUUUCAAUUAAUAAGUGAGUGAAGUAUUCUUUCUCAGGUAGAAGUAUUGGAAACUUUGCAUUAUCGUCGAGACAUGAUUCAACCAGGCGUCCAUGACAACGUAUAAUAUUUUGAGAAUCACGUUUUAAACCAAGCGGAUUAGGUUGCGAAAUAUCAGGAUAAUUUUUGUUUUGGAUAUACAUAAUCCACUGGUUGAAAGCUUCUUCGGUUUUCUGAACAAUAUUAUUCGGAUUGACAUUUUUCAUGUAGCUUAACGUUGCAUCAAGUAGAUAGUUGAGGGUUUUAAAUUGAGUACAAUCGAUUUUAAAAGGAGGCUGAAUUACAGCUGUAUUAUUGGAGAUAAGUACUGGUUCUGGUUCAGGUUCAGGUUCGGAUUCAAAUUGUAAAUUCAUUGCCUUUGGCCAAGCAACUUCCAUCUCUUUCAACCAUGUGGGGCCUUUAACGAAAAAGGAAUUCAACAAUAAGGGCGAUUGAUUUAAUCGCUUCAAUACGAACCCUUUUCGUACUCUAUUUAUUUUCGAAUAAAAACAAUAACAAAAACUUUUGAAUCUUCAAGAUAACAAACCUAGCAGCCGAAUAUUAUCGAGAUCGCGAACUUUAAAUAUAACAAAAACAUAGCCAAAUAUAAUUAAUAACCGCGAAUCCGCGACACUCCCGACGAAAAAAAAAAAAAAAACGAAUUUUUAAAUUUAAAAUAAUAAGUAUAAACGAGAAAAAUUACGAUGUUAGCGAAAAUGCCGAAAAGCUAAAAGCGUUAUCCACCCGAAAGUCCAGACUUCGUUCUUCACUGACUAGAAGUAUGUCAUACGUAAGUGAGAAGCUGGCGACGGCAGAUUUUAACGAAGUUAAAGUGAAAUUGACAAUGGUCGAAGAUAUAUAUAAAAAUUAUCUUGCUUUACUUGACGAAUUCGACAACUUCGAAGUUCCGGAUCUGGACCCUUUCAUAGAAAAAUUCGAAGAUGACUACAUCGCCAUUAAAGGUAAAUUAGAAAGCAGUAUCGAAAAAUUCUCUAAUAGCAGUGCUGUUCCAGGUUUUAAAAGACAGUGUACAACUGAAUCUGGUGGUAGCGGUAGUUGUUGUUCUUCUUCAAAAGCUACGAUUAAGUUACCAAAGUUGGAGUUGAAGAAAUAUGGUGGUAAUCUACUUGAAUUCGAAUCGUUUUGGUCUUCAUUCAACUCAGCUGUACAUAAUACUGAUUUAGAAGCAACUGAUAAAUUUACGUACUUGAGAAAUAACCUGGUAGGCGAAGCUGAAUUAUUGUUGAAAGGUAUGGGUACCACUGCUGCAAACUAUCCAAUCGCAUACGAAAUGGUAAAAAAGAAGUUUGGUAAUAAAAAGAAAUUAAUUGAUUUAUUAUACGAUAAUUUAACGAAAAUUCCAAAAAGUAACAAAUGGACUAAAAAUUUGCGAAAUACUUACGAUAAUAUUGAAUCGAAUUUACAUGCUUUAGAAGGUGUAGGUGAAAAUAUUCAAAACAACACCAUACUGUACUCGAUGAUUAUGAAGAAGUUUCCAUUUGAUAUAAUUAUGAAAGCCGAUUUGGAUGUUGCAAGUAACGAUUUAUCCGAAUUGAGGCAGAAAGUUGGCGAAUUGAUAUGGAAACAAGAGCAAUAUUGUGGUACUACAGAGAGCUUGAUAACUGGUGAUAGAAAACCGAGUAAAAAAUGUAUCUAUUGCGGUGAAACGUCACAUUAUUCCGAUGAAUGCAGCAAAAUAACGACAUUGGAAGACCGAAGAAAGAAAUUGAAUGGUCGUUGCAUCAUUUGUUUGAAUCCUGGUCAUCUCGCUAAAGACUGUACGGUAAACAAACCAUGUGUACAUUGUAAGAAACGUCGUAGUCAUCAUCGUAGUUUAUGUAUUAAAUUAUUUUCAAAAGAAGUUAGUAAUCCUGAACCAACUGAAUCUUUACUAAUGAAAGAUCAAGAAGGUAACCUGUUAGCAGCCACAAUCAACGUUGGUAAUGAAAGUCGUGUUCAGAAAGUUACCUCAAUUCUGGAUAGCGGUUCAAGAAGAUCGUACAUUACUACGAGGUUGGCCGAUAAAUUAAAAUUGAAGCCUCUUCAUUAUGAAACGAUUAGAAUUUCUACGAUUUGUUCCGAAGCUCCUCGAGAAAUUUCAACCAAGAUUCCAGAUUCAAGAAAUUCAAGCUCGCUGAAGUUGAUAAAAAUCUUGUACCUGAACUCCUGAUUGGAAAUGACUACAUGUUCGAUUUUAUGGUCAUGGAAAAAGUAAUUAUUGAUGAUUCAACUUCGUUAAUCAAUUCGAAAUUUGGAUGGCUGGUUGUUGGUCGAAUCGAUAAA